UUCCUCUCCAUCGAGUACCCCUAUCCUAUCCCAGAGAGAUCAUCUACCUAUUACUGUUUUGGUUUACACUGCGAUUUACCGGUAACUUCUUUGCUCUUUCGAUCAACAAACGAAGAUGGAGCAACGCCAAGGCCGAUACGACCCAACCCGCCAGACAGACGAGUAUGGGAACCCUGUCCAGCAGGGUGGGACCACUGGCAUGCACGGUACUGGCAUGGGUGGUACUGGCAUGGGCGGUACUGGCUAUGGUGGGACUGGCAUGGGUGGUGCCGGCGGUGAAGCUGAGGCAUAUGGACUUGGUAGUGGCGGCCAAGGCCAGCAGCAGCAGCGGAGGCAGCACCAAGAAGAUCAAGGAGGCGUGCUUCAACGCUCCGGAUCGGGCUCCAGUUCCUCUGAAGAUGAUGGCCAAGGCGGGAGAAGGAAGAAAGGACUCAAAGAUAAACUAAUGGACAAGAUUCCUGGUGUUGGCGGAAAGGACACCGAUCAGCAGAGGCAGCAGACUGGUGCCACCGGUGGCUAUGCGGAACAACAGUACCAGGCUGGGCAGCAGCAUGGCCAUGGACAACAGUACCAGGCUGGGCAGCAGCAGCAGGAAAAGAAAGGGAUGAUGGGUAAGAUCAAGGAUACCUUCACCAGCAGUCACUAAUCUCAUCGAGCAGUUGGUCUAAUAUAUCGAAUAGUGCUACUUAAAUCUUGUAUGUGUGUACUCUACUCGACCUCCAGUCGUAUCUACCGCUUUUAGGAUGGUAAUGGAGAGGUUCGUAAGAUAAUACGUGUGCUGUAAAAAUAAAAGGGUCGUUCGGGGGGCAGGUACGUUCCCAUGUGUGUUGACGAGUCCCUUAGCUAAGUAAUUGUGUUACGUUUUGCCAUGAUCUAUAAGUCUUGGUCUGUUUUAAGAUACUGGUUUUCAUUUCCUGGUUAUAUAUAUUGUUGAUCUUUUGUAUCCCGA